AUAACCUAAAAGUUAUUUCCACAACUAGUAAAAAAAACAAGAAGAUUGAGAAAGUGUAAAGUUUAAAACAAUGGUUUUAUGUAAUAUAGAAUGUUUAGAAAGAAUUUCAAAUUAUUUAGAUGUCUCACCAUUACCACUGGAAAUGCAAGAAAAUGUAAUUGUUACUACGGAAUGGGAAUCAAAUAAAAAAAUAGAAGGAUUUAGUACUAUAAUUCAAUUUCUAAUUGAAAAUUCUAAGUACCCUGAUAUACUUGGUAUUGAUAAUGAAAUGAAAGCAUUAUCACGUCAGUGGCUGGAAUAUGCAGUUGUCUGUGUCAAUUACGCUGAUACUCCCGCUAAUGCGAAAAGAAUUUUGCAGGAAUUAAAUAUUGCACUAAGGGAUAAUACAUAUUUAACUGGUACAAAGAAAACUAUUGCUGAUAUUACAUUAUAUUAUGCUUUACAUUCAAUAAUGCGAGAAUUAAGUCAUCAAGAGAAAGCUCAAUAUGUACAUGUGUCUAGAUGGUUUGAUAAUAUGCAACAAGAAGAAAAAUUAAGACAACAAUUAGAUUUAAUUUCUUUUGAUUUGUUACAUUUAUUUUUAUAAAUAAAAUAAAGAUAUAGAAGUGAUUUUAUAAACAUUA